UAAUGUAAUUUCUUGUACGCAAAAUGAUGUCGUUAUUAUUACGCACGGACGUCCUCGCGAUUCAAUGCGUGGAAAAUCACGUGCUUGUAGGUAUGGGAUCCAUGCUUUACUUAUACAAGGAUGGCAAAUUUGAGCGUAAAUUGGAUUGUCUGUAUCCGAGUAAUAUACAUGGGAUUGUAGUAGGGGUAAAUAAUGAAUUGGCUGUAUUUGGCGCCAAGUCUAUAUGUGUCUGCAAUAUUGUCGAAAUAGUGGACGAUGUAAGCAUUAGUAAACAAAGUACUCACCAAUUCAAUGAUUGGAUAAUUGCCGUAAAGUGGAUAUCGUUCAAGGAACAAAUGCAAUUGGCAAUUUUAUUCGCUCAUAAUUAUGUAUCCAUAUAUGACGUACUUAAUAAAACUUCUCAAGUUAUACGUUGUGAAGAAACGUGCAUACUCUAUGGCGGUUCUGUAUCAGAAACUUGUCAAGAGAAUUUAAUCAUUUUUAGUGGAACGGUGUUCCAAGAAAUUUUAAUAUGGAAAAUAGACAAUAAAUCUUGUGACACGAAUAAAAGUAUGCCAGUUUUGCAUCGUUUAACAGGACAUAAGGGUGUUAUUUUCUCUGUCAUUUGUGAUCCGUACUCGCGAUUUAUUUGUUCCACGUCAGACGACAGAAGUGUCAGAUUCUGGAGAGUAACGGAACAUGAAAAUUCCAGGAGCAAUAACGUAAAUUGGCAGACAGUAAAGAUAGUACCGAUAAAAACAAUGUUCGUACAUACGGCAAGAGUUUGGAAAGCUUUAAUUAGAAAUGAAGUUGUUUUGACGAUAGGAGAAGAUUCACUUGUAUGCACAUGGUCGCUCUCGGGUGAUUUACUUAAUAAAACCUACUACAAAGCACCUAUAUGGAGCAUUGAUGUAUCUGAAGACUAUACAACGGUAUAUGUGGGCGGAGGUGAUGGAUCUGUAUACAUGCAACCUUUAGAAAACUACAAAAGCCCAGAGACAAUUUCUCUAUCUAGCAAUGAUACACAUAACUUUCCGAAAUAUAUUUCCUAUUUGCAUGAUGGCGCAAUUGUGGUCUUUACUGAAUUAGGAACACUACUACAUUACAACAAAGAAAUGAUGCAUAAAAAUACUAUAGACUUGACGAAAGAUCGCUAUUAUAUUAUGCAAGUUUCUCCAGAUCGCAAAUUGGUUGCCCUUGCAUCUAGAGAUGGAUACAUAGUAAUAUAUGAAGACUUUUUUGGGACUUUACUGCAGCGUAUGGAAAGCAAAAUAAUGAAUUCACAAAUCUUUUCUUUGCAAUGGUUGAGCAAUAAUAAAUUGAUAGCAUGUGGAGCAAAUGGUCUUCUGAAAUUAUCUCGAUUUAUAAAGAAUGAUAAAUAUGAUAAUAAAGUAAUAGCAGAAUGCAUAUUACCACCCAGUAGAGAACGUUGGUUGACUGCAGCAUCUAUAAUUCAUACUCCUACAUCGAUGUUAAUAUGUGGAGACAGAGCUGGAAAUAUUUAUGUAUACAAGCUGGAAUAUAAAAGUUUUCAUUCUGAUGCAGUUAUUGAAAAACCUAUUCAAACAUUUAAUAAAAUUCAUGGUAAAAUGGGAGUCCAGUCAUUUUGUAUAUUUAGAGAAAAAUUAAUAACAUCUGGACGCGAUGGGAUGUUGAGAUUUUAUCAAAUACGUGCAGAGGACACAAAGCCUUUAUUGAUGCUGUAUAAACAAAAAAUGCCAAUGGACUGGAUUAGUGGCAUGUUAAAAGUGAAUAGAGACAAAUUAAACGAAAUACAAAAGGACGAGAUUUUUUUUAUAUUUGGUUUUAGACAGGUGGAAUUUAUAAUAUACGAUUUGUUGAAUGAAAACGUAGUCGUCAGAAUUCCUUGUGGUGGCGGUCAUAGAUCGUGGGACUGUAUAAUAUCGCAUACAAAAGCAAGUUUUGCUUACAUAAAAGAUAAACAAGUUCAUGUACAUGAUUUAUCUUAUUCUCUUUUUCCUUCAUGUCCUAUUUUACAGAAUGGUUUUCACACAAAAGAGAUACGUUGCUUGCGAUAUGUACGAUGGUGCGAUGGUAAUUUUUUCAUAUCCGGUGGUGAAGACUGCACUCUUCGUAUCAGCGAUGUUUCUGAAUACGAACUUAAGCGGAAUGCUUUCAAAAAUGUGGGAAUUUUCAAUGGUCAUCUGUCGGGCAUAAAAUGCAUAAGCGUUAUUCAGCUGUACGAAUCUACGUUUCGAUAUCUAGCCUUUUCUGGUGGAGGGAGAGCACAGUUGAAGAUUUGGGGAAUAAACAUCGCAGAAGGAUCAAUAUAUCAUCAUCAAGAUCAUGGAAGAGAAAUAAACGUAUCGUGUUCCGAUGUAAAUUCUCAUAUGCUGUAUGGACAAAAUCAAUUUUCUAAAAAACCAUGGCAGGAAGCUAAGCAAUCCUGUAUCGCAGAACCAGAAACACGUUAUAUGGAUAUUUAUGCUUAUUACUGUCACUUUGAGAGAAAUCACGUAUUAAUCUUUAUAGCUUGUGCAGAUGGAUAUUUAAGACUACUUGUAUAUGAUAUUGUUUCUAACAAUAUAUAUUUGAAAGUAUCCACCAAAUACAUAGAUCGUUGCAUUUUGAAAAUGCAUGUAUUGUCACACGAAUCCAAAGUAAUUGUGUUAACCAUGAGCACGGACGGAAAGUUACGUUUUUUCGAUUUUACCGACGUGGUCUCGAAAAUAUAUGAGGAUGCAAAUUCUGGAAACCAGAACAUUAUAAACUUCAACGAUAUUCCUUUCGCAGAAUUUAGCCUGCAUCAGUCGGGAAUUAAUUGUUUUCAUUUCAAGCACAUGCAUGAAGAUGAAUAUCUUUUGAUUACGGGUGGCGAUGACAAUCUCCUCAGUGUCGUCUAUUUUCAAAUUUGCAUAUCCGAAAGUAAUAAAUUGUCGACUGAAAUAUUAUCUAAAUGGAGCACAGCGUCCGCGCAUUCCGCACAAAUCGUUGGUGUGAGAUUUAAAGAUGAGAAAAUAUAUAGCGUGGGAAUAGACCAACUAUUUAUUACCCACAAAUACGUGUAUUCCAAUGGAGUCAUAUGUGUAGAUAUCUUAAAUCAAGUAUUUACGUCUGUUACGGAUGUGCAAGGCAUGGAGUUGUAUUCUGAGACGGACGGUGAUCAUGUUUGUAUAUAUGGACGAGGAUUUGAAAUACUGUCCGUUUGAAAGCGAAAGCAGGCGAAAGUCGUUAUUCGUUUAACAAUGAGAUUUUUUUCUAUGAAAAUAUCGUAUAUAUAUAGAAUGGCAUAUUUGUAUUGAAUUAUUAUACAUUUAAAUGUGCAACAAUAAGAACAAUCGAUUGUUCUGCAUCUUUUUAUUUAACUAGGUAUUAUUUUUUAUAACAAAAUGUGCGAAGUACGCUUAAACAAAAUACAAAACUUCUAAAACAAUAAACUUUAAUUGUACAAAUAUGUAAG